AUGUCUUCCCAGCCGCCAACCGCCUCCUCUGUCAACCCGAGCGCGGCUACCGCCGCCGUCUCGGCCUACAACCUCUCCUCUGCCGCCGCCGCCGCCGCCCUACGCGCCCUCCCAGCCGCCCCUACCAAUGUUGGCGCCGUCCAGACCAAGCGCACCAUGCGCCGAAGCGCCUCGGUCUCAUCCGAGGGCUCGCGCCGUGCACUCAGCCCGGUUCCGAGCAUAAAACGUGCGAUGGGUAUCGGUGGUGGCAACAAGGACACAAGAGAAGCCUUAGUUAUAUCUCCAACUGGCGCGCCAACCGUCCGUCGUCGCGGCAGCUCGUCGUCGAUAAAGUCGAUGUCGUCCAUGACUGAGCGCACCUUCCGGUCGCCCAGCCCACACAAUCCACGCACGGCAGCACUCGCCGCCGCCACUCCGGCGUCGCCUAGUGGAAGCGUCAACAGCAACCGCAGCCUCUCUAUGAAUGCGGCUGGCACGGCAGCAGCUAUGGCAGCCCGGAGCCGGUCGGCGCCUGCGCCGCCGCCCAUGCCCACAAUUCCCAAGCACGUUAUCGACAACCAGGUGAAGCAGCAAAUGUCAAAGCCGCAGAAGGAGCAACAGGCAGAAAAGAAGAACCGGCGCGCCACCAGCCUUGGUCUUGUCCAGCAGCCACUGCAGCUGGCCUCGCAAAAACAACAGGGGGCGCGCGCGUCCUGGUUCGGCUCCGCGACAGUCGGCAAGAAAUCGGACAUUCGCACGUCCGACACGGCAAUGGACAUCAACGGCUACGCCCAGCCAGAACGGCCAGGUAGUCGCAGCUCCUUGCAAAACUUUUCCUAUCCCAGCCGGCAACGACUUGGCUCACCACCGCCAAGCCCGACACAUACGAGAUCUACCGCCACACCAGCAGCUGCUCCCGUGGCUCUACCCCUUGCCGGGAAGCUUCCCCGGUCGGCAUCGACAGAGAGGGGCUCCUCACAACCACAGUCAUCACAGCAAAAGACGGCCACGGGCUCUGCUCGGCGGUCGGCGUCCACAAGCCGUGUCACUGGUCGCUCCAAUCUUGGACUGUCCGACCAGACUCUUGUGUACGAUGCCAACUCACGCCGUAUGGUCCCUCGCGGUGAGCUUCUUAUGCUGGAGCAGUCCAUCCUCGAUGCAGCAGAGCGCCCGCUACAGCAACAGCGAAAGAAGAAGCAACAGCGAGGCACAGCCGCCGCUUCGCUUGCCGGCUCACACUUGUCUCAGGGCACCAUGACACAAGCGCACGGUACCGCCGCGCCUUUGAAUCGUGCUGAACUGCAACGCAUACAAGAGCCUGCGCCGCAACAGACGGUUCCGGUACAAGCCCCCCAAGCCCCCAAAUCGCCCCCGCCGGAACGCGAGCUACCUCCGAUCGCGACGACUGCCCUCGAGCCUCCUGCUGCACCGCAACCAACCGCCAGCGAAAGGGAUACCGAUGACGCGGGCGGCCAACCUCUGCCGGCGCUGUCAACCUCGGCCUCUACGCCGUCCUCAUCUGCCUCGUCGCUUACGGCUCUGGCUGCGUCCCAAGCGGCCACAAGCCCUGUGACCAUUCAGAGCAUGUCGUCACCCGAGGACGGCAGCUUUGACGGUACGCUCUUGACAGAGGAUGGGCGUCCCGUUCUCGCAAAGCGCCCUUCCAUCGUCCGUGAGGAGCCAGAUCGGGAGGAGGAGGCGGAGACACAGCACCGGACGAGCGCGCAAACAUCGCAGCCUCAACUCGCCACUGCCGCCGCUGUUCUUGCCGCUGCCGGCUCUAGCUCAGCCCGCGAUGGUCUUGACGGUGUCCCUGCCAAACUACUACCCCAUCACGACUCAAAUGCUGAAGCGCAGCAAGAGCACGCUACGGCUCAGUCGGCCGCCGCUAAGCCGGGCGAGGCGGAGCGCACCCGGUCCAACAGCCCCGUGCGCACUGCCCACUUUUCCCCCAUUGUCAGCACCAACCUGGCCGUGCGCCGCCACUCCCCGCCACCACGCUCCAUCUCGCCGCGCAAGUCUGCGCUCAAGCAUUCGAGCUCACCACGCGAUGCAUCCCCCUCCGACUCGGCUUCCGAUGCCAACAACGCUCAUCCUGGCGAUCUGCAGAUGCCCGCCCAGAACCGCAAGAAGGCCAACCGCGUGAGCUUUGACGAUAAAGCCGUCGUUGUCACCCAGUCGCCGAUGCCGCCCUCACCACCCGUCUCGCCGGCUCUGUCGUCCCUGCCGGGUGCAGCGGAAGCACCUCCUAAUAGCAAUGCCGCCCACCAGCCGCCUUCGCGCAGCCGGUCUUGGUUUGGAAACAUUGGCAGGAACAAGAAGAAGUUGGACCAUGCGGCCAAUGGCGACGAUGUAGUCAUGAAGCCCCGCCCCGCCCUACCGUCCUUUGGCAGUGUUCGUGAUAAGCCGCAACCAUCCCAGUACCAAGAGGAGCGCGCCCUGGUGCGCCCAAUCAACGACAACCAGUCGCCUCACCGAGCCGCGCAGACGCCGCCGCCGACCACGUCUACGGCUGCGGCUACUGCCGCGCCUCUUGAAACACACCACACCUCGAGCGACCACGCCAUUGGCUUCAUUAUUGGCGCUGGUGCCGCAGCCGCAGCCGGAGCCGCUGCGGGAGCUGCCGCCGACCGCCCGACGUCUGCGUCCACUAGCACACGCAACACCGCGAACACAUCUCGCUAUCGGGAGCCACUUCCGCCGGUUGUAACGUCCGUUGACGGGAGUGGCUAUGUAUCAGAUAGCGGUGCCAGCAGUGACGGUGACGUCGAAGACGUUGAUGAAGAGCAUUCUCCCGUCCUUCGCUUCGAUGAGGAACAGGACACCACUGUCCCAGGGAACCUGGAGGACGAACCAAUUAUUCCUCCUAGUCCUGUAGCAAACGAUGCCGAUCCAAUUGUCGUCGUUCCUUCAGUUUCGUCUCCGACCCAGAAGACAGUACCUGCUAUUUCCAUCUCCCAUCCCAGCCAAGAGAGCUUGACCGCGGUUCGGGGAACAGAGGACGACGACGGCGACGAUGAGGAGAAGAAGGAGGGGGAGAAGGAGGUUGACACCGAGGACGAGAUUGCAAAGGAGGACGAAACGGCAACGGCGGUCACACCAGGGACGGAGGCCACCCAGCCGGCUGUGAAAAACAGCCCGGCUCACGCCCCUUUUGACGUGCCAGGCAUGUUCCCUACAGACACGGACUCGGACGGAACAGCUAAGAGCUCGCCGACCAAAGCUACGUUUGCAGCCAACAACUCUCCAGUCCCGAUCCGGCAAAAUGCAUUCGAGCCCAUCACCCAGGAGGACGACCAUUCGUACUCGGCCCAGAUGCCCGCCACCGUGUUCGCCACCCACAUGCCGACGCUACACGAAGAAACGUCGCUACGCAGCGAGAAGGUAAACGACGAUGACAGCGACAGCGAAGUCUUCAGCGACGCUUACGAGGAUCUCUCGGACAUUGAAGGCGACGGGUUCCUGUCCCUCGACGCCGUUGUCGAUAGCCCCAUUGUGCCCGACAUGGUGAAGAGUCCCUUUGCUGCGUCGGCACUGGCUGGGUCGCCGUCGCGCAAGCCGGAGGUUCUGCAGCUUGGCCCGUCGCCAUUGGCGAAAGAGACCGCGCCCUCCGCUCUUACAGGCGAUUCGCCAUCUGCCGGACCUACCGACCCCACCGCGUCUUCCUCGCCGACCGCAGUUGACGCUGGUGGUGCCGCGAUUAGCAUGGCCGCCUUGACGUCGGCUGCUAUUCAUAAGCAUGGCAACAGCGACGGUUUCAUCGGCUCUGGCGACGAGGAAGAUUGGGAGAAGAUCAAGGCUUUCUGGCGCGGGCUGACCACCGAGAAACGCGCCCAGCUCGAAAAGGAAGCCCUCCAAGAUGCAGCGGAUGAGGGUGAUCUGGAGGAUGAGUCAGCCGCUGAGAAGAAACCGAGACGCAAGAAGUCCGUCGAGACGCGUCUGGCAGAAAAGAAGGCGAUCCAGGAGCUCACACCGGUCCAAAAGCCCAAGGCCGACCCGGCUCCUGCUGAGAGCCAACCCCAGAAGGCGGCUGCCACGCGUAUCCGCCGGUCUAUGCGUGACAACGCCCCCCGUGCCACGACUGCUGCUGCUUCUGCUGCUACUGCAGGCAGUGCUGCCGGUGCGGACAAGGAGCACUUCAAGUCUUCGCUGCGUCCCAACCCGCCGGCUCAGAAAGAGCGCGCUGCCUCCGCGUUCCCGCCUAAAGCGGCUGUUGGUGCAGUGACCCAACCCCGUGCGUUGGCCACUACUCUUCGCCGCCGAGGCUCAGACUCAAGCGAGAGCAGUUUUAAGCGCGUUCGAUCCGACUCCCACGGUGCGAGCAUCGGCGGUUUUGGUGCAGGUGCCGCUGCAGGCGCGGCCGGUGCUGCCGGAUUCCGCAUGUCCAUGCGCAGUGAUCCGAAGGGCGCGGCUCCCUCCAACAACGGCCUCAACAACCGCAGCAGCCGCUUCUCGCUCCGGUCCCUUUCGCCGACUGGAUCGACCACGUUGCGAGGCUCGACUGAGUCGUCUCCCCAGUUCCGACGAAGCAUGCGGGAUGGCUCUCUGGGCUCCGGGUUUACGCCUGUGGACAUGAAGCGUAUGUCUUCUCCAGGCUCCAUGGCCAGCUCUACCUUGAGAAGAGGCUCGGCCGACUCGGGCGGCGGGUUCUUCUCGUCGUUUGGCAAGAAGCGCGGCAGCAAGCUGCUUCAACGCAGUAAGAAUCAAGGCGGCGGCAGUGGCAGCAAAUCGGCGCGUAGCAGGUUCGGUGAUUCAAGUGACGACGACGAUGACAUCUUUGGUCCUACGACCACAGCCUCUUCCGGAGGCCUGGCGGCCCACCGCCGCAGCGUCAGCACGGGCGGCGCAUACACCUUCCGCAGCCGCUUUGUUGACUCGAGUGACGAGGACGAAGCCGUUCUGGAUCGCCAUCCGGUCGGCCGGAAAGACAAGGAUCACGUUGUCCCCAAGACGCUGCGCACGGGCAGCAGCAUGCGAAGCGCCAGCGCACGACCCGCGAGUUCGUCAAUGCCCUUGAGCCCGCUGCAGCCCGAGGAGCUCGAGGAAGAGGAGGGCGAGCUGGAGGCCCGUCCCAAGACUGCUCCGAAUGGGCUUCCUUCGUACGGGUUUGAGGGCGGCACGUCGUCUUUGGCCGGCAACGCCGCCAACAACAACCUUGGCACAUCGACUCUGCGACGGUCACGGUCUGGCCGUGGCCAGAUUGCGCCUGUCUCGCCCAUGUACUCGCCGACCACGACGGGUACCGUGGGCCUCAAUACGGACUCCAAUGUGACACCCACACGUCGGUCGAGCGGCAUCAUGUCCGUGCUCCGGCGUAAGAAGAACAACGGGCCCAGCUCUCCAGGCAGCUUCACCAACGGCGGCAGCGCAAACAAGAUUCAGCGGGCCGGUUUGGUGGACAGUGCAGCCCGCCGCGACACACAGCUCGAGCGUAGCACGGCCGAGCUCGCCGCCGUGCGCAGCAACAGCAUCGGCAGCCAGAACCGGCGAAUCCUCAAUGGCGGCGCGUCUGGUGGCAGCACGCCGCGCUUUGUCCCGCAAAACGACGACAGCGACGACGACGAUCUCGGUGACAGUGAGGACAGCCCCGGUGCUGCCCGGCGUGCCGGAGCUCCUGCGAGCGCGUCCCGGUCGGACAGCUGGCCCUUCCCCGGGCCCAACGGCCACGAUGUCGACAUCAGCGCCAUAGACUUUAGCGAAAAGAGAAAGAAGAAGUUCUCGUCGUUGCGGCGCAUGUUUCGGCUAGACGACUAG